UAAUUAUGCAAGUAUUGAGUACCUCUUUAGCCUCGAUAAAAUGCUUUAAAACACAGGUAAAAAAGCAUAGUAUAAAUAGUCGAGUAGUUGGAUUUAAAUUUUAAGUCAUUUUAGUAGGUUGUGCAAACCAGUUAACAAAUUGAUACCCCGAAUUCGUAUUAAUAUAAAUAAUUAGCAAAUUUAAUUUGAAAAAUGAACUUAAUAUUUUGCGUAUUUUGGUGUUGCCUCUUUUUGAGUUCAUCAGCUCAAAAUAUUGAUUUCAACAACAAUUUAUCAUCAUCAUUAUCAUUUUUUCCAACUACCAAUUUCAAGAACAUCGUCGAAACCCGAUGGUUUGUACAGGAUCUGGAUCAUUUUAACAAUACUGAUAAUAGAACGUGGAUGCAGAGGUAUCAUGUGAAUAUGAAGUACUAUAAGGAGGAUGGUCCAGUAUUUUUGUUGGUAGGAGGAAGAGAAGAAAUUUCUGAGAGUUGGAUGCUUUCCGGAGCAUGGAUUGAAUACGCUCAAAUUUUUAAUGCCGCAUGUUUUCAAUUGGAACACCGGUAUUAUGGAAUGAGCCAUCCCACUGAUAAUUUAAACACUACAAAUUUAUCGUAUCUGACCGUUGAACAAGCAUUAGCUGAUAUGGGAACAUUUAUAAGUACCAUGAUGAUUGAAAACAAAAUACUACUGGAUCGUGCUAAAUGGGUAGGAUUUGGUUCAUCGUAUUCAGGAACUUUAGUUACCUGGUUUAGAGUAAAAUAUCCACAUCUCUUACACGCAGCAGUUGCAUCAAGUAGUCCUCUACAGGCGAAAAUAAAUUUUGAAGAAUAUUUUACGACUGUUCAAGACAAAUUAUUAAAUUAUAAUAAAAAAUGUGAACCAAGUAUUAGACAGGCAAAUAAUAUGAUUAGCGAUCAACUAAAAACCAACUAUGGAGCAAAAUCCAUCCAAAUCAAAUUCAAUACAUGCUGUCGUCAUCUAACUAAUUCUACAAAAAAUAUAGAACAAUUGUUUAGAGACCUAUCUAGAUUCAUUGGACUAAUUGUACAAUAUAACGAAGACGACAAUCAUUAUGCUAAAACAUCUAAUGAAUCAACAUUAACAUUGGCAUCAUUAUGUGAUACAAUGUUAAACGAAAACUUAGGAAGUACAGUAAGUAUUACAGUAUUUAAUGAAUGAGCAAUUUAGUUUAAAAUAUCCAAUAAGAUGCCUAAAGUAGGUGGUUAGUACCUAUAAUGUCCUAAUAAGUAUAUUUUUAAUUAUGAAUAGAGCGUAUAAAUAAACAGCUAUUUACGUACGUGCCUACCUACGCAUUAUUUUUAAUUUUAUUGUCCAUUGUCUAAUGAUGUACCAUAUUAAAUUACUAUUACUUAUUAAUAUCCAAUUUAUACUUCCAUAAAUUAUUUGCAAUUUUGUUCUUCAAACGCUCAUUCAAAUAAUAAUAUUUAUGAGUAUGUAAUCAUUUCUGCUAUAAGAAUAAGGUUUGAGCACUUAAUAUUACUUUUUCAAGCUUUUUAACAAAGAAAAAACCAUUUCAUCAACACA